AUGACGUCUACCGAGCCCGCCUCGGCUGCUACGGUGCGCCUCGACUCGGACUCGGACAGCGAUGACGAUGUCGUCUUUGUCUCGAGCUCGAGCCGCUCGACCCCGCGCGUCAAGUCGCCUCCCUCUCCUACCCGCAGCAACGCUAGCGAGCGCGGCGUGAGCCAGGAGCUGCAGAUCGCGCCCAAGCGCCACACCGAGUUCGGCGACACCAAGCUCGAGCGCCACACCCGGCGCGAGCGCGACACCAAGCUCGGCGAUACGGCUGCCCCCGAGUCAAAGAAGGCUGCCCGUCGACCUUGGACGGUUGAAGAAGACGCUGCGAUUCUCAACUAUCUGGUCAAGAACGUGCAGGUGUCGGCGCUGCACCACGAUGUGCUUCCUGACCGUCCCUACGUCUCGGUACACACGCGACUGCAUCUGCUCAUGCGCAACGUGUUGCGCGCCAGCCACCCAGACACCGAGAUGCGCAAGUACGAAGCGCAGCUCUGA